CUCGACUUUCGUGCCAGCAUUGAUUGCUGGGUUUGCACUUCCAUCUUUCUCAAUCCUGGAUGUUGGCCUCACGGAGCAAUUUUUGUGCUCGUCCUUACUCUCUAUGGGAUUAUCGGCCUUAUUUACACGCUGUUAUACGUGCCUGUAAUUAUUGGAAAGCCAUUACGCCUUCUGUUAGCAGGAGCAGUACCACUAGUCCGGUGUCUAGUAAUCGCUGUUACUCAACUCUUCCUAAAACUACUGCAAAAGUCCCGAAUAGGAUAUAGAUCCUCUCUGAACGCUCGUUUGACAGCAGCACUUGCAAGAGCAGCAUCACUAUGCUGGGUGGUAGAACCGGCAUUCUCAUGCCAACAAGUUAAUCUACUAAAGCACCAUGCCGCUGUUUGCACCAAUAAAGAUGGCAAAGAAUUGUGCUCAGUUAGGCUGACCGAAAAUUACUCUAAAAUUAGAUGGAUAGGAUUAUACUUACGCUGUGAAGAAGAAACUGAAUACUAUACACGUUCUACGACUGUGGACGUUGUUGACAGUAAACGUUGUCCGUACAUGGGUUCGGGUGAAAAAUGCGCCAGUAUCAGCAGCACUAUUCCGGUUGCCUCUUCUUCCGUUUUUCUGCCAAGCCUAAUAACCCGACCAUCUACAGAAUAUUUCGUUAUCUGCGCUGGACGGAAGAGGUCGUAUGCCGCCCAGCUCGUCCCAAAUGUUCCAGUAAGCCUCGAAACCUCGCAGAUCGCCAUGACUUCCCUCACAAUGCCUCCUACUCCGCAGCUGAACAGCGCCUUUAUCACAGACGGAUACGACACUGCGAUUUGGACAAACACGAUAACACCAAAGCCAAAGAUAAACUGUCAGUGCGCAGCGGCUAAGUCGAAAGUGCGAUGUGAAUGCCCUUCGUAUGAUGUGGCUGGGGAAUUUAACCACAUUCCGCGGAAACUACCUGUAAGAACACCAUUCUGGGGAAAA